GUGGCUUGCACCAAAUCUUCAGCUUGCAAAGUUGGUCUCCCAAGGACUGCAGUAUGAAGAUCACCUUGUUUUUCUGUGUAGUUGCUGUAGUAGCUACAAGCUCCUGCUUGGCUACAGCAUUACCACCUUGUGUCAGCAACUGCGUUCAGAAAUGUCAGAGCCCGAGUACUGAUGUGCCCUGUGUAAAGAGCUCAUUGUUCAGGGAUACUCCAGGAACUAUGACUUCUCUGGUUGCCGUCCUUUGUGCAUUUGACAGAUACUUGGGUACGGGAGACAUUGCUCCACUGACCACCUCCAUACAGAGACUUGGAAGUCUACCCGACUGCUCCACUGCAGAUAUCAUGCCAUAUCUCAUGAAUGGAGGAGUUAGAGGACUAGUACAGACAGUACUAGGAUACGUGACUGUUCUCAGUGGUACUACCAACGUUGUAUCUCCAUGCACACCAUUGGUCCCUCUUCUUGCAAAAAUAACUUCUAAACUGGGUGGUGCUCCCCUACUUGGUGGAAUUAAAGAAACUCCUACAACAGUGCCAGUCGUAAAUCCCGGUCUUGUGAAUGCGCUGUUAGAUACAGUGAAAAGGCUUCUUCAGGCAGUACUGGGAAAUAAUGCAGGAUUGGUUGAGAAUUUGUUAGGGCCAUUAGGAAAUAUUUUAGGUCCAGCAGGGGGGUAUAACGAUCAGUCUGGUAAAGGGCUUUUGGAUGGAGUGACAUCAAUAGCACCAACCAAUCCAAAAGGGGGAUCUAGUACUGUUACAGGAAUUGUAAAUGGAGUGUUACCAGUUGUAAAUGGUGUAACAUCAACUCUUCUAGGAUCUUUGGCAGGAAAUCCAAAUGGGGGAUCUGGUCCAGGACUUUUAGAUUCAGUGGGCCCCCUUGUAAAUGGUUUAACAUCAAAUCUUCUAGGACCAAUAGCAGGAAAUCCAAACGGGGGAUCUGGCUCAGGACUUUUAAAUUCAGUGGGCCCCCUUGUAAAUGGUGUAACAUCAAAUCUUCUAGGAUCAAUAGCAGGAAAUCCAAACGGGGGAUCUGGCUCAGGACUUUUAAAUUCAGUGGGCCCCCUUGUAAAUGGUGUAACAUCAAAUCUUCUAGGAUCAAUAGCAGGAAAUCCAAACGGGGGAUCUGGCUCAGGACUUUUAAAUUCAGUGGGCCCCCUUGUAAAUGGUGUAACAUCAAAUCUUCUAGGAUCAAUAGCAGGAAAUCCAAAUGGGGGAUCUGGUCAAGGACUUUUAAAUACAGCAGGAUCCCUGUUAGGAUCAGGUGUUCUAAAACCAGUUUUAGGGAUGGAUCCUUUUGGUCAGUUGCCUUUAGUAGGAAAUAUUUUAAGUCCUAUGAGUAGUAAUAAUGGAUAUAGCAAUAUUCAAUCAGAAACCACAGGUUCAGUUUAUGGUUAUUGGCAACCAAAUUCAGACAGCACCUUGGAAGCAUCUUUCGAUCUUGGUAUAAAUGCUGGGCCAACAACAGGGUUCCAGUCUAAUUGGGCUAGUUCUAGUGGGAAUGGAGGAUUUUCUAGUAAUCCACAAGUAAGUGGCACCAGCAUGGAUCCAUACUCAUCUCUACUUUGGCAAUCUGGCAAAUAAAAAGGUGAUAUGAAAUCCACACGCCAUUGAGAAGAUUUACACAAAACUUCACAAAAAACUAUCUUUGUUUAGCUUUAGUUUAUGAUUUUGGAAGCUUGUGAGCUCACAUUUAAUAAAUCAGAUUCAGACCGA